CUUGUCAUUGCCUUCUAACUUUUCAGAGAUUAAACUCAUUCUAAAUAUGGGACUCCUCAACACCUUCAAUAUCGAGGUCACGCUCUUAAAUAUAGCUACUACCUUUUGUGGCGCCAUCUUUGCUGCCCUAUUUUCGCGUAUAUUCUACAAUCUUUACCUUCAUCCUCUCUCAAGAUUUCCUGGACCAUGGUAUGCAACUUCAUUCUCCAUCGUCGGAGCCAUAAUCUCGGUCAAAAAGAAGGAACCAGAGUUUUUUAUGUAUCUUGUGAAGAAGUAUGGUUCCGACGGCCCUAUCCGCAUUUCGCCAACUAUGCUGCUGUUUCCCCGCCCAUCCGCACUUAAAGAUAUCUACUGGGAUCCAAAAUGCAACAUGAAGUCGGGUCUGUACGGAACCGGGGCGCUGGGCCCUCCACAUCUCUUCACGACUCUUGAUGGUGAACAGCACAAAGCACUUCGGAAGGCCCUGUCGAAUGCGCCAUGGACUAUCGGCCAGCUCAAGAAUACAUGGGAACAACGGUUUGAUGACCAGGUGAAUCUAUUCGUAAAGAGGAUGAACGAGCAUGCUGCAGCCAAACGAACAGUAUGCUUGUCUGACAAAGUCGCUGAGUUUGCUGCCGACAUUAUGAGCAUGAUCUCUUUCACGGAACCGUUUGGGUGCGUCGAUAACCAACGGGACGAGAAAGAUAUUCUGUCUAAUUGGCGCAAAGGUCUCGACUUCUUUGGCUUCGUCGGACGGUUUCGUUUCUUCAGAGAGAAAAUUAUCAAGCUACCAGUCGUCGGUCUCUGGUUCUUACCUGCUAUCUCCAAUGACUCCGGCAUGGGAUGGUUGAUGUGCGAGGCUGACCGCCAAGUUUCGAACCGCGAGAGGCAGAAUGCUGAGAAGCCUUUUGACGGAAAGCCGGACUUUAUGCAGCACUGUCUUGACGCCCGUUACUCCGAUGGCUCCCCCCUAAGCCCCACGCAAAAACGAGCCCACGUUACGCUUCUUAUUCAAGCCGGUGCUGACACAACUGGCACUGCUCUCGGCUCCAUCCUCCGCUUCCUCGUCACCAACAAGGACGCUUUCCACCGCGCCCGGGAAGAGAUCGAUGCCGCGGAUAACGCCGGCCUCCUCUCCACUCCAAUCCUAUAUGAAGAGACCCGCCAACAUCUCCCAUUCUUCGCAGCUUGUAUUAAAGAAGGUCUCCGUCUCAACCCCCCUGCCACUAACCUUUUCGCUCGUGUCGCACCUGUAGGCGGGAAAUUCAUUGAUGGCCAUUUCAUCCCCGAGGGCACAGAAAUUACCUCUCACGCCUACGUUGUGCAAAGAAACAAAGCACUUUACGGCGAAGAUGCGGAACAAUUUAGACCGGAGAGGUGGCUUGAGAGUGAAAAGAGGAGUUUUGAAUACGAAGCUGCGCAAUUCACCUUUGGGGUUGGACCUAGGGUGUGCCUUGGGAAGGAUAUUGCGGUAAUGGAGUUGUAUAAGCUUCUCCCUGAGACAAUUCGCCGGUUCGAUAUCGUCCUUGAAAACCCUGGUAGAUAUGUAGUGGCUGGAGGCGUAGCCUACAACCAGGACUUUAUGGGCAGGCUUCUUUCGCGGAAAGCUCAUUAACUCGCUCAAAUUCACAUAUUACCAUAUUGGCGGUAGGAAAUAUGGUUGCGCACCAUACGAGAGAUACUGAUUUUUCUUGUUAAAGUCCUGCCAGGAAGUCCAUUGAUUUUCUGAAUAGUGUCUUCUCUCACAUACCAAUCUAGAUUCAAUCCGUC